AUGCCCAACACACUCAUGUCGCUGGUGGGUGAGGAGCGGCCCUUCACCCCGAAGCCGUGGCUGAGGGACGUUCUGCGCAAGGGGCUGGUGAAGGCGGCUUAGAGCACACGUGCCUGGAUCCUGACCAGUGCACUCCGUGUGGGCCUUGCCGGACAGGCUGUGCGUGACCACUCACUGGCCAGCACGUCCACCAAGGCCCACGUGGUGGCCAUCGGCAUGGCCUCAUUGGGCCGCGUGCUGCACCGUCAGCUUCUGGACGACGCCCAGGAGGACAGUCCCGUCCACUACCCCACGGACGAUGGUAGCAACCAGGGACCCCUCUGCCCGGAAAACAACCACUCCCACGUCAUCCCGGUGGACCCGGGCACCCCUGGGAAGGUCAGCGAGCCCGCAGAGCUGCGGCCAGAGAAGCACAUCUCGGAGCAAAGGACCGGCUACGGGGGCUCCAGCAGCAUCGAGAUCCCCGUCCUCUGUCUGCUGGUCAACGGUGACCCCAGCACCCUGGAGGUAGGCAGCGGCGGCAGGAUUUCCAGGGCCGUGGAGCACGCCGGCCCCUGGCUGAUCCUGGCGGGCUCGGGGGGCAUCGCCGAUGUGCUCGCUGCCCUGAUGAACCAGCCCCACCUCCUGGUGCCCCAGGUGGCCGAGAAGCAGGUUAGAGAGAAGUUCCCCAGUGAGAACUUCUCCUGGGAGGACAUCGUGCACUGGACAGAACUGGUAUGCACCGCCUGAGACCGCAGUCAGGAGGGCACCACCUCGAGGCCUUUGUCCAUCCUCAAGGCGCUGGUGAAAGCCCGCAAGAGCCACAGCCAGGAGGCGCAGGACUUCCCGGAUGAGCUGAAGCUGCCCGUGGCCUGGGACCACGUGGACAUCACCAGGAGCGAGAUCUUCAACGGGCACGUGCAGCGGAAGUCCCGCGGCCUGGAGGAGGUGAUGACGGACGCGCUGGUGAGCAGCAAGCCCCAGUUCGUGUGCCUCUUCGUGGACAGUGGCGCCGACGUGGCGGACUUGACGUACGGGCGGCUGCAGCAGCUCUACCGCUCGGUGCCCCCCAAGAGCCUGCUCCUCGACCUGCUGCAGUGCAAGCACGAGGAAGACCGGCUGACGCGGGCCGGGCUGGGCGCCCAGCAGGCCCGGGAGCCGCCCGCCUUCUCCCUGCACGAGGUGUCGCGGGUGCUCAGGGACUUCCCGCACGCCGCCUGCCGGGGGCUCUACCAGGACACCCCCGUCCUCCGGGAGCAGGGCCCGGUCCGGCGGCCCACGGGCCAGUAGGGGCUGCUGGACCUGAACCAGAGGAGCGAGAGCCCCUGGAGAGACCUGUUCCUGUGGGCGGCGCUGCAGAACCGCCACGAGAUGGCUACCUACUUCUGGGCCAUGGGCCAGGAGGGCGUGGCAGCCGCCCUGGCUGCCUGCAAGAUCCUCAAAGAGAUGUCCCACCUGGAGACGGGGGCCGAGGUGGGCCACACCCUGUGUGAGGCCAGGUACAAGCAGCUGGCCCUGGACCUCUUCUCCAAGUGCUACCGUCACAGCGGGGACUGCGCCUCCGCCCUGCUGGUGCGCAGGAACCGCUCAGGGAGCAGGGCCACGUGUCCGCGCCUGGCCACCGAGGCCGACAUCUUUGCCCACAUGGGGUGCAGCCUGUGUCCCCGCCAUGGGGUGGCGGGCUCCUUCAGCUGGCCACUCCCCCCACGUCCAGCCCUUUCUCCACCUCCGGCCUUCCUGACUGAGAUCUGGUGGGGGGACAUGGUCGGGACGCCCAUCCUGCGGCUGCUGGGUGCCUUCCUCUGCCUGGCCCUUGUGUACACCAACCUCAUCACCUUCAGUGAGGAGGCCCCUCUAAGGACAGGCCCAGAGGACCUGCAGGGGCUGGACAGUCUGGACACGGAGAAAAGGCUGCUCUGUGGCCCGGGCAGCCGGGCGGAGCAGCUGGCCAAGGCGCCAAGAACUCAGCGCGGCCGAGGCCCACGAGCUGCCUUCUUGUUCACGCGCUGGCGGAAGUUCUGGGGGGCGCCCGUGACCGUGGUCCGCCCGUGCGGGGUGGCCUCGACUGGGGGACAGAGCUCUCGAUACCCAAGGGCAUUUGCAGCUCAGUCCCGCACCGGCUGCACCGAGCCCACUCCCCUUUCAGAAGCCCGCGUGAACUGCUCCAUGCACCCGCUGCUGCUGGAGGACUCGCCCUCCUGCCCCAACCUCGAUGCCAGCUGGCUGGUCACCUUCCUGCUGGUCACCAACGUGCUGCUCAUGAACUCGCUCAUCGCCAUGCUCAGCUACACGUUCCAGGUGGUGCAGGGCAACGCGGACACUGUCUGGAAGUUCCAGCGCUCCCACCUCAUCGUGGAGGACCACGAGCGCCCCGCCGGCCCGCCCUUCGUCCUCCUCAGCCACCUGAACCUGGUGCUUGUGAGGUUCUUCCGGAAGGAGGCCCAGCAGAAGGGGGCGCGCCUGGAGAGGGACCUGCCAGAGCCCCUGGACCAGAAGACGGUCACCCGGGAGGCAGGGCAGAAGGAGAACUUCCGGAGCGAGCUGGAGAGGCGGAGGAAGGACAGCGGGGAGGAGCUGCCGCGGAAGACAGCCCACGGGGUGGACUUCGUAGCCAAGUACCUCGGGGGCCUGAGAGAGCAGAAGCGGGUCGAGCGUCUGGAGUCUCAGGUCGACUGCUGCAUGGCGCUCCCCUCCUCCACGGCCGACGCGCUGGCUGCAGGAACAGCCACUGGAGUAGGUGUGGCUGUCCCCACACGUCCCGGGUGGGCUUGGGGCGUGGUGGGCGCAAGCAACCCACACCAGCCCGCUGGCCUGGGCCUCCGCUUCCCACCUGUCCUGGGAGGGGCCCGGCCUACGUCUCCGAUGGCCUUUGGCUGA